AUGUCGCUCUUGUCGCCCGAGAUCCACGCAGAGCUCACCCAGCUCCUGCAGGCUCUCCAGUCCCCCGAAAAUGCCAUCCGUUCGCAGGCUGAGGAGCAUCUCCAGAACAACUGGACAAACACCCGCCCGGAGGUUCUUCUCAUGGGACUCGCAGAGCAGACCCAGGUCAUCCAAGAUGCUGGCACACGGACAUUCUCCGCCGUUCUCUUCCGUCGAAUUGCCUCGAAAACCCGAAAAGUAGAAUCCGGGGCCAACCUGGACAUGUUCAUUUCCUUGUCCGCUGAGCAGGCCCACGCCAUCCGUCAGAAGCUCCUCGAGACGCUCGGGCUCGAGACUGACCGCAAUGUCCGCAACAAGAUCAGCCAUGCUGUGGCAGAGGUCGCACGCCAGUACACAGAGAAUAACGACCCCUGGCCUGAGCUGCUCAGCGCUCUCUUUCAACUUAGCCAGGCAGCCGAUCCCGAGAAGCGAGACUGCGCGUUCCGUGUCUUCGCAACGACGCCCGCCAUCAUCGAGAAACAACAUGAGAGCAUGGUCCUCGAGGCUUUCCAGAAGGGCUUCAAUGAUGAUGCCGUGCUUGUCCGUCUUGCCGCCAUGGAGGCUUUCGCUGCCUUCUUCCGCACUCUCGGAAAGAAGGCACAGGCCAAGUACUACGACCUUAUCCCGAGCGUCCUCAACAUCCUGCCGCCUAUCAAAGACUCCCAAGACUCAGAUGACUUGAGUAAGGCUCUUGUUGCCCUUAUCGACCUUGCCGAAGCCGCCCCCAAGAUGUUCAAGCCCAUGUUCUCCAAUCUUGUGCAGUUCAGUAUCUCCGUCAUCCAGGACAAGGAGCUGGACAAUGUCUGCAGGCAGAAUGCACUCGAGCUUAUGGCCACAUUUGCCGACUAUGCGCCAUCCAUGUGCCGCAAGGAUAGUUCUUACACGAACGAUAUGAUUACACAAUGUCUUAGCCUUAUGACUGAUCUGGGCGAGGACGAUGACGAUGCCACCGAAUGGCUGGAAUCUGACGAUCUCGAUCAGGACGAGAGCGACCAGAACCACGUGGCUGGAGAGCAGACCAUGGACAGACUGGCCAACAAAUUGGGUGGUCAGACCAUCCUCGCUCCUACCUUCAACUGGCUUCCUAGGAUGAUGACGUCCAUGGCCUGGCGCGACCGCCACGCAGCACUCAUGGCCAUCUCUGCCAUUUCGGAGGGCUGCCGCGAUCUUAUGAUUGGCGAGCUCAGCCAGGUCCUGGACCUUGUAAUUCCUGCCCUGGGCGACCCCCACCCUCGCGUGCGGUGGGCUGGCUGCAACGCCCUGGGCCAGAUGAGCACCGACUUCGCACCCAAGAUGCAGACUGACUACUACGACCGCGUCCUCAAGGCCAUCAUCCCCGUCCUCGGAUCCCCCGAGGGCCGUGUUAAAUCCCACGCCGCGGCUGCGCUGGUCAACUUCUGCGAGGAAGCCGAGAAAUCGGUUCUGGAGCCGUACCUCGACGAUCUCCUGUCCCAUCUCUUCCAGCUCCUCCAGAGCGAGCAGCGCUACGUCCAGGAGCAGGCUCUGUCCACCAUUGCAACGAUUGCCGACGCCGCCGAAGCUGCCUUCUCCAAGUACUAUGACACGUUGAUGCCCCUCCUUGUCAACGUCCUGCAGAACCAGGGCGAGAAGGAGUACAGGCUCCUGCGUGCCAAGGCCAUGGAGUGUGCGACUUUGAUUGCCCUUGCCGUCGGGAAGGAGCGUCUCGGCCAGGAUGCUAUGACUCUGGUUAACCUCCUUGCCAGCAUCCAGGCCAACAUCACUGACUCUGAUGACCCCCAGGCGCAGUACCUCAUGCACUGCUGGGGCCGCAUGUGCCGUGUUCUGGGAACCGACUUCCUUCCCUUCCUGGACAAUGUCAUGCCGCCGCUGCUUGAGCUCGCAACGGCCAAGGCUGACAUCCAGCUUCUCGAUGACGAUGAGCAGGUUGAGGCGAUGCACAACGAGGAGGGCUGGGAGCUGGUCCCACUCAAGGGCAAGAUGAUCGGUAUCCGCACGAGUACCAUGGAUGACAAGCACAUGGCCAUUGAGCUCCUUGUCGUUUACGCCCAGGUUCUCGAGGGAACCUUUGCGCCCUACGUUGCCAACAUCAUGGAGAAGGUUGCCUUGCCUGGACUUGCCUUCUUCUUCCACGAUCCCGUGCGGUACAUCUCUGCCAAGCUGGUGCCUCAGCUCCUGAGCUGCUACAAGAAGGCGUACGGAUCGCCGUCGAAUGAGCUUGUAGGCCUGUGGGUGGCGUCUGUCGACAAGCUCCUCGAGGUUCUCUCCGCUGAGCCCGCUAUUGAUACGCUUGCCGAGAUGUACCAGUGCUUCUACGAGUCGGUCGAGGUUCUCGGCAAGGACUGCCUCAACGCUGACCGCAUGUCUCGGUUCAUCGACUCUGUUAACUCAGCACUUGAGGACUACAAGGACCGCGUGAACCAACGUGCCGAGGACAAGGAAGGUGCUGGCGCCGAGGACGCCGAGGACGAGACGGAGGAGACCCUCAUGGCUAUCGAGGACGACCAGACUCUUCUCUCGGAUAUGAACAAGGCCUUCCACUCAGUCUUCAAGUACCACGGUGUGGCAUUCCUGCCCGCCUGGGAGCGUCUGAUGCCGACGUACGAGAGCUUUCUGCGAUCGCCCGACCCGACGCAGCGACAGUGGGGCCUGUGCAUCAUGGACGAUGUCCUCGAGUACUGCGGACCCGAGAGUAUCCGGUACGCCAACUACAUCAGCCAGCCCCUUGUCGACGGCUGCAGGGACCCCUCGCCGGCCAUCCGCCAGGCGGCGGCCUAUGGCAUCGGUGUCGCCGCUCACCGAGGUGGCGCCCCCUGGUCGGAGUUCUUGAGCAGCUCGAUGCCGUUCCUGUUCCAGGUGACGCAGGUGCCUGACGCGCGCAACGACGACAAUGUGUACGCGACGGAGAAUGCCUGCGCGGCUAUUGCCAAGAUCCUGCACUUCAACGCUUCCAGCGUGGGUGACGCUCAGCAAAUUGUCCCGCAGUGGCUGGCUACCCUUCCUGUCACUAACGAUGAGGAGGCUGCCCCCUACGCGUAUGCGUACCUGGCGGAAUUGAUGAACCAGCGCCACGCGUCCGUCGUCAACGAGGCCAGCAAGGUCUUCGUCUUUGUCGCCCAGGCUCUUGAGACCGAGGCACUACAGGGCCAGACGGCGACUCGUGUUGCCGCCGCCACCAAGACGCUCCUGCAGACGUCCAGCACGGAUCCGACGCCUCUUCUGAGGCAAUUUUCACCUGAGGCGCAACAGACUAUUAUGGGAUACUUUGCAUAA